AAGUGCGCAGGACAGGGAAACGGAGGGGGGGACCCGCCAUUACGCGGAGUGCGCCAGGCCUCGCGUCCCGGUUGUUGCGCCGCCGCCGUUAAGGCGGGCCCGGGCCUUUGCGGGGCGACCAGCGUGGCUGGGCCCUGCUCUACCCUGCCCUGCCCUGCCCGGUCCCCCGUCCCGCAGCCAUGGAGGAGAAGGGGUUCGCUAAGGAGCUGGACCAAUGGAUCGAGCAGCUGAACGAGUGCCGGCAGCUGAGCGAGAGCCAGGUCCGCAGUCUCUGCGAGAAGGCUAAAGAAAUCCUUACAAAGGAAUCUAACGUGCAAGAGGUACGUUGCCCCGUCACCGUCUGUGGGGAUGUCCACGGUCAAUUCCACGACCUCAUGGAACUCUUUAGAAUUGGUGGGAAAUCGCCAGACACAAAUUACCUGUUCAUGGGAGACUAUGUGGACAGAGGCUACUACUCAGUGGAAACAGUGACUCUUCUAGUAGCAUUGAAGGUGCGCUACCCAGAACGCAUCACCAUACUGAGGGGCAACCAUGAGAGCAGGCAAAUCACGCAAGUGUAUGGCUUUUAUGACGAAUGUCUGCGAAAGUAUGGCAAUGCCAAUGUCUGGAAGUACUUCACAGAUCUGUUUGAUUAUCUUCCACUUACAGCUCUAGUAGAUGGCCAGAUUUUCUGUCUCCAUGGUGGCCUCUCUCCAUCCAUAGAUACACUGGAUCAUAUCAGGGCUCUGGACCGCCUGCAGGAAGUUCCACAUGAGGGCCCAAUGUGUGAUCUAUUAUGGUCGGAUCCAGAUGAUCGUGGCGGCUGGGGUAUCUCUCCACGUGGUGCUGGCUACACCUUUGGGCAAGAUAUUUCCGAAACAUUUAACCAUGCCAAUGGUCUCACACUGGUCUCCCGUGCUCACCAACUUGUCAUGGAGGGUUAUAACUGGUGCCAUGACCGAAACGUGGUUACCAUUUUCAGUGCGCCCAAUUACUGUUAUCGUUGUGGGAACCAGGCUGCUAUUAUGGAACUAGAUGACACUUUAAAAUAUUCCUUCCUCCAGUUUGACCCAGCACCUCGCCGUGGAGAGCCUCAUGUGACCCGUCGUACCCCAGACUACUUCCUAUAAACCUCCCCUAAGCUUUGUAGAAGGAAGUACACCUGGCAUUUUAAAGAGCAACAAUAUUUACACGUUUCUGUAAGAAAUCAGGGUUCGUCUCAACUUAAAAUCCCCAUCAUGGACCAAAAUGUGCCAUACAGAGGAUGAAGAGAGUUUAGCACAACUUGAGACUGAAUUCCUUACAACACUAUGUAUAUCCCACCCCCAUCAGCCCAACAGUCAGUUUGCCUGCUGUAUUUGUAGUCAUUGUUUUUUCUUCUGGACUGUUCAGAGAGGAAAAGGUAACUCUGAUAACACUUCAUCUCCUUCAAGGCUUCUUUGUACAUUUUUAGUUCUAGUGUUUAACUGGCAUGAAUUAGAGUUUAUUUGCAAGGGAAAUGCAUACUAACUUCUGCCCCCAACACUAUUUUACUGAAAGACCCAUUGACUUAACUGGAGAAAGGAAGCAAUUCCUGCUGGGAGUACGUUGUCAUAACACAGAUAAAACCGUAUCUUUUUAAGCUCCGUUCCCUUUUGGUGUCUAUCUUCUGCUCUCUCCCCACCCCCCCCCCCCCCUUUUUUUUUUUUUUUUGUUUUGUUGCUGCUGUUCUAUUUUGUUAUCCUCCCUCUCACCCUCACCCUACAUUUGUCCUUGAGCUGCUUGCAACCCUCCUCGCUGUACCUGAACCAAUAAACUUGCCAUUGUCAGCCCUAA